AUGAAGCCACCGAAAUCUUGGACUAAAACAACUGAGCCGUCAUCUUACGAUCAAAUCUACAAAUUUCUCGAACAUUCGCUAAAUGAAUGUUUGUCUUUCAUCGACGAAAUCGAAAAUGAAUACUAUCAAGAUACAUCGACUUCAGUGAACAUUAAACCUAAACUUCAAACAGCCAGAAGACCACAAUCUGUUAAUACACUUAUUGCAUGGUCAGGACCAUUGAAUGAAUUACGAAACGCACGUCUUCUUAGUGAUAUUCGAAAUGGUAAAACAGCACGGGAUCUUCUAACUGAAGCCAGAACGGGAAAUUUCGGUGAUUCAAUAUCGGAUGAGUGUGUCAAUCUGUUGAAGAAUAUUUUGGAUAAAACAAACGAUCAAUUACAUUCAAAAAUGCCAUUAUUAGCAAAUAAAAUCGCGGAAUGUAUGAAUUUAAUGGAACAAUACUUUCUUUCGUUUUAUGAUAUUGAUAAUAUUCAAGAAGUUGUUCAAAAACGAAGAAAUGAUCGACCACCGGAUGAAUACGUAGAAACAGCGUAUACUUAUGAAAAAGCUCGAUGGACGCAUAUAUUUCAAGUGAAUAAGUCAAUAAAAAUCUUAUCAGAAAUGCAACAACGUGCUGAAGACACUCGAGGCAUUGUCAUGUCAUCUUUAUCGAAAGAAUGUCAAGAAUUGGCUGUUCGUUGUGAUUGUACAUCACUUUCAUACAUAUUCGCGUUGCCCGAAUGUUAUAUUGAAGCUCGACGAGCAAUUCAAGCUCUUCGAACUUGGUUAAGUGAAGAUUCGAAAUACACAUCAUUUAUUCAAACGUCAUUGAAAGUGCUGGAUGAAAAGUUCGCUGACGAGAAGAAGAAUUUCGAAUUUGCCAAAGCACAUCUUAGUCAUGUUGAACAUCGAGCGGAUUCCUUUCAAACCCAAUUGAAUAAAGCUGAACAAGAAAAUGAACUCAAUGCGAAAAAAUUUGAAGAACUCGAAGAACGGCUAGAUACGAAAGAACGAGAAUAUCUAUCAAAGCGUUUGACAUCAGAAGUGUAUGAGGAUCAAUUGAAAAAAAUGCUUCAAGCAGCCGAAGAACCCGAUGCUGUUGAUAAUCAUUUAUCCAUCGAACGAUUUCAGCAAGAGAUUAAACAAUUUGCCAGAGAGUUGCCAAAAUUAAAAGCUCAAAUGGAAACAAUUAAAGGACGUAUUGCGUUUUUUAAACAGCGCAAAGAAGAAUUAGCAGCGAUGCGUACAGAACACAAACGCUUGGCGCAAGAAGCACAGGUGGCAUUAGAAGAGAAAAUUUUAAGAGAAAACGAAUUCAAUCGCGUAGCGAAUUGUCGAGAUGUAAUACGAAAUAUUUACAGAUGUCGUUCAACGAAUGAUUUGCCACAGAAAAUCUUCUAUUCUCUACCAAUUCGAUCGAGAAGAUCAGGUGAAGCUGAUAAUGACGAUCUGUCCAAAGCUAUUCGUCUCGUUGCAAAAAGUAUCGGCCGUGAUUGGACUCGACUCUAUUGGCAGUUACCUUUUCAUCCGGCACGUGGUCAAGAAGAAAUAUCGAAAGAUAUUGAAUACAUCGACGAUAAAUACCAUCGAGGUGAUGUUCAUCAAGCACAAGCAGCAGAUUCAUUGAAUAAAUGGCGACGUUUCCAUACACGUGCCGUACUUGACGAUCUAAUUCAAGCACUUCGUAAAGUACGUCGCCAGGAUGUAGUACAAACUAUUGAACGACGUAUUCUCAAACCCAAAAUAUCCAUCAAUGAUAUACAUGAAGAUGUCGACCCCCGAAAGAAAGAAAUUGAAGAUUUAAAUCGAAAAUUGAAUCAUUUAUUUGACAAAAUUAAAACAGGUGCUAUUACCACACACGACACAUAUUCCUAUUCAACUAUUGGUAUCGCCCCGCUACGCCCGGUUAGAAGACACCGCACUCUGGCCACACAUUGA